CGAAGGGACACUACGCCUGCCGUCCCCACGUUACACGUCACCAAAACUUUCCCAAAACUUUCCACGAAGUUCCAGAAAAUUGUGUGUGUUGUGUGCAAAGUGUUGAUGUGUUUGUGAAGUGAAGAUGCGUGCCAGCGGGUGCUGGCUGGCACUCCUGGCGGUGUGCGUCGUGGCACAAGACACCAGGCACCUAUCAGGACGUGUGGCCCGAGUCAAGAGUCGGCUGUCCAAGCCCUUUUUAAAAAAAAUACGCUUCAAAGGCGACACAAUAUGUCCGUCGACCAUGUUCCAGUGUCCCGAGGGGACCUGCAUCGAGCGGUCGAGGGUCUGCAAUUAUCAGAAAGACUGCGAGAAGGGAGAAGAUGAGUUCCAGCAGUGCCCGCCACCCGACUGCCUGCAGGAUGAGCUGUCCUGCGGGCAGUACGUCUUCAAUAAGACGUACUGCUACUCAGCACAUUAUCGGUGCGAUAUGCACGUCGACUGCAUGGAUGGCAGCGACGAAGCCGACUGCACGUACAGAAAGUGUCAGCCGGACGACUUUCAGUGCGGUGUCGAGACGUCGUUAUCAGGGAAAGCCGCUUCACAGGGACCCUGCAUACCCAAGGAAAAACGAUGCGAUGGUUACUUAGACUGCAGAACAGGAAAGGACGAGGAAGGCUGCGCGAACAACACCACGAUUUGUCGACUGGAUGAGUUCCGCUGCGAGUCUGGCAACAAGUGUGUCAACAUGUCGGCCAAGUGUAACCAUGAGAAUGACUGCGGGGAUAACUCGGAUGAGGCGCAUUGUAGCUUCCCGCCCUGCCACAUCGGCCAGUUCCGCUGCAGUAACGCCCUCUGCAUUCCCGCGACGUUCCACUGCGACGGCUACAAAGACUGUCGCGACGGCUCAGACGAGGCCAACUGUACCGCCAUUGCCUGCCCGGACAACAAAUACCUGUGCCCGCGAGGCGCGCCCGGAGGGCAACAUAAGUGUAUAGCGAGAUCGCAGCUGUGCGAUGGGAAGAAGGAUUGUGAGGAUAAUGCUGAUGAGGAUGCUGCUUGCUCAACAGCAUCCUGUCCAGCACUAGGCUGCGAAUACAAAUGCGUGGCAUCGCCCUCAGGCGGCGCCUGCGCGUGUGCGGCCGGCCUAACGCUCGCGCCGGACAACCGCACCUGCGUCGACCGCGACGAGUGCAAGGAAUGGGGAUAUUGCCAUCAGCUAUGCGUCAACACUCCUGGAUUCUACAAAUGCGCGUGCGCCCCCGGCUACACACUGGUGGACGGGUCCCGCUGCGUGGCGUCGGCCUCCGCCGCGCCCGCGCUGCUGCUCGCCUACGAGAAGGCGAUCAUGCGUAUGGACAUGCACGGACGAGCGCCCGCUGUACUUGCUAACGCUACGGCCGCCGCUGGCUUAGACUUCCAUUUCAAGAAGAAUCUGCUGUUCUGGUCCGAUCUUAAAACUAGAAAGAUCCACAUCCAACACCUAAGCUCCCCAGCGGGCGCCACCAGCUACGAGACCGACAUCACCGUCACCGGCUCCUGGGCGCCCGUGGCGCUCGCCGUGGACUGGGUCGGCGACAAGCUCUACGUCGCGGACGCCGUCGGACAGAAGAUAGACGUGUUUGAACUGGACGGGAGAUGGCAUGCUGUGGUUCUGGGCAGUAACUUGACCAGCCCGGCCGAUAUCGCGUUGGAUCCGACGCUUGGAUUGAUGUUUGUCGCUGAUAGCAAUCAGAUUAUACGAGCAAACAUGGAUGGUACACACGCAAAAUCAAUCGUCUCCGAAGCAGCUUACAAAGCAUCCGGUAUCGCCGUGGACAUUAUCGCUCGCCGCGUGUUCUGGUGCGACUCUUUAUUGGACUAUAUCGAAACAGUAGACUACGAAGGCAACCAUCGCUUCCUCGUACUACGCGGGCAACAAGUACCCAGUCCUUCACGCCUGGCCCUCUUUGAAGACCGGGUCUACUGGUCCGAUGCUACCAAACAGGGUAUCAGCUCCGUCAACAAAUUCGAAGGCUCGACCAGCAUACAGGCCAUUUACAAAAUGAAAGAUAUUAGAGACCCUAAGGCGGUCAGCGUCAUACAUUCUCUAAAACAGACGUCAGUGAACAAUCCUUGUGGACAUGACAAUGGUGGCUGCGCUCACCUGUGCAUCGUGACCGCCCUGCAGAAUGGCGGUCUCGGCUACCGGUGCGCCUGCAACAUUGGCUACAAACUAGAAACAGACUUACGAAGCUGUGAUAUCGUAUCCGAGUUCCUUAUGUAUUCUCAGCAGAGGUUCAUCAAAGGCAAAGUCUUGAACCCUGUCAUAGAAGGCUUCAGCGAAGCCAUAUUGCCCGUAGUUUCUAGGAGAGCGAGAUUCGUAGGUUUAGACUUUGAUGCUAGAGAUAAUCAUAUUUACUAUUCUGAUGUUUUACAAGAUGUGAUCUAUAGAGUACAUAGGAAUGGAUCAACUAGGGAAAUAGUGCUAGCGUCGCAGAAUGAAGGAGUCGAAGGCUUAGCAGUCGACUGGGCGUCAAAGAAUUUGUAUUAUAUUGAUUCAAGGAAAGGUACACUAAACGUUCUGUCUACUACAAAUGUAACAUACAAAAGAACUUUGCUCAAAGACCUAAAAAGACCGAGAGCUAUAGUGGUGCAUCCGAACAAAGGUUACAUAUUCUUCUCGGAAUGGGAUCGUCCUGCUAACAUCAGCCGAGCGAAUACAGAUGGAACUGGUCUGCUAGUCUUCGAAAACGUAACCCUUGGAUGGCCUAACGGUCUUUCCAUAGAUUUCGACGCCGAUCGAGUUUACUGGUGCGAUGCUUUAUUAGACCACGUACAACACGCUAAACUAGACGGUACAGAUGUCAAGACGGUAAACUCAAGACUUAUAAGACAUCCAUUCUCCAUCGUCAUUUACAAAGAAUUCAUGUAUAUUACCGACUGGCGUUUAGACGCCAUAGUUAGGCUGCAUAAGCUUACGGGUGAACAGGAAGAUAUUAUGGUGAGAGAACCUCAGACGAACAGACUUUACGGUGUCAAAGUUUACAGCGAAGAGAUACAGAAGAUACAUCCAAACCAACCCUGUUCGAUUAGGAAUGGAAACUGUCAGAAGCUUUGCUUCGCUAUCCCAAGAAACAACACGGAGUUAUUACAAGUUAAAUGUGGUUGUCCGUAUGGAGAGAAGUUAGAUGCGGAUGGUACGAGCUGCAUAGCGGAUCCUAACAAGGAACCGCCGGUGCAGGCUUGUCCGAACACUUGGGACUUUACUUGUAACAACCAGCGCUGUAUUCCGAAGAGUUGGGUUUGCGAUGGAGAUGACGACUGCUUGGACAAUAGUGAUGAGGAGCAAAAUUGUACUAAAACUACCUGCAGCGCCUCCGAAUUCAUGUGCAAAUCCGGCCGCUGCAUCCCAGCCACUUUCAAAUGCGACAGCGAAAACGACUGCGGCGACUUCUCAGAUGAAAGCGGAUGCGUCAACGCGACAUGUUCCGCGUCGCAGUUCCAAUGCGACAACGGAAGAUGUGUGCCUAGCACUUGGAAGUGUGAUUCGGAAAACGAUUGCGGGGAUGGCUCGGAUGAAGGCACGCAUUGCGCGGAGAAAACUUGCGCUUAUUUCCAGUUUACUUGUCCCCGAACGGGCCACUGCAUCCCAGCAUCCUGGGUCUGCGACGGCGACGACGAUUGCUUCGACAAACAAGACGAGGCCGACUGCCCGCCCAUCUCCUGCCUUGCCAGCCAGUUCAAAUGUGCCGACCUUAAGCAAUGUGUCCAAGAAGCGUACAAGUGCGAUGGGAUACCGGAUUGUAACGAUGGAAGCGAUGAGGCUGGUUGUCCGUCGCUGGCGCCGCAUCAAUGCUCGCCGGAUAAACAGUUCCAGUGUCAGAGCUCUGGGAUUUGUAUACCGAGGACUUGGUAUUGCGAUGGUUCACCAGACUGCGAAGACCUAUCGGACGAGCCAGCGACCUGCGGCGCGGCCGCCUGCCCGCCCAACCACUUCAAGUGUGCUUCGGGUCGCUGCGUGUACCAAGCCUACGUGUGUGAUGGACGGGAUGACUGCGGAGAUGGGUCCGAUGAGGGCACCGCGCAUGCGUGCAAGCCACCACCUUUCAGAUGUCCGUCAGGACAAUGGCAGUGUCCGGGAGUCACGGGUCGCUGUGUCAACCUCACGCAAGUCUGCGAUAGCAAACUUGAUUGCCCGAACGGAGCUGAUGAAGGACCAAGUUGCGAUUUCGCCGAAUGUCAACAUCAAUCAGGUCUCUGCUCGAACGAUUGCAAGCAAACGCCUAAUGGACCAUUGUGUCUCUGCCCACCAGGCGAAGAAUUGGAGACUGAUGGCUUCCGAUGCAAAGAUAUCGACGAAUGCAACCCGCCAGGCCUUUGCUCUCAGACUUGUGUUAACACUAAAGGAUCUUACCACUGCGGCUGUGUGGAUGGCUACGUACUUAGCACAGAUAAGCAUAUGUGCAAAGCAAAUAACCACUCCAGUGCCUUCCUGAUCAUCUCUAACAGACAUUCCAUCUUAGUAGCAGACCUUAACGAACAAGGCUUAGAAAGAGUCCCGAUCAGCGUCGAAAACGUCGUCGCUACGGACUCGAAUAUGCACACGGGAACUAUCUUCUGGUCCGAUAUGAAAUUAAAGACGAUUUCAAGGUUAGAUCGUGGCAGCGAGCCUAAGGUUUUGGUGUCCACUGGCUUGGACUUAGUAGAAGGUUUGGCUUAUGAUUGGGUGGGUGGAAACAUCUACUGGUUGGACAGCAAGUUGAAUACUAUUGAGGUAGCUAGAGAAGAUGGAAGCGCGAGAACAACUUUGUUGAGUGGAAAUGUUACGCAGCCUAGAGGUAUGUGCUUAGAUCCCGCUCCAAGUGCAAGAUGGUUGUUCUGGACCGAUUGGGGAGAAAAUCCUCGUAUCGAACGCGUCGGCAUGGAUGGCUCUCAUCGCAUGGCAAUCAUCACCACCAAGAUCUACUGGCCUAACGGUCUGACCCUCGACACAGCUACGCAACGCGUCUACUUCGCGGAUUCCAAGCUAGAUUUCAUCGAUUUCUGUAACUACAAUGGCACAGGACGGCAGCAAGUGUUAGCUGGAAGCCAUUACCUAUUACAUCCUCAUUCUCUAACCAUGUUCGAAGACACGUUAUACUGGACGGAUAGACAGUUGAAUAGAGUACUAUCAGCUCACAAGUUCAGAGGUACUAACCAAACAGUGGUAUCUCAUCUGAUCUCGCAGCCUCUUUCGAUCCAUGUACACCACCCAUCGCUGCAGCCCCAGUAUACAAACCCUUGCAAGCCUGAUUCGUGCCAGCAUUUAUGCUUACUCAGUCCAGAUAAGCCAACGGGUUACACCUGCUAUUGCAAACCUGGAUUCAAACUGCUGUCAGAAGGAAAAUGUGUGGAAGAGGAGAACGCGUACCUGAUGGUACUGAAGGGAUCCCAAAUCAUCGACUUGUCACCUGAUGGUUCAGGCAAAGCCGGUCAGCUUGCACCAGUUGUUGGCGUUCAAGGUGGAGUCCAAAUCGACUACGACCGUCAAGGCCACAUGCUGUACUGGCUCCAAUCCGUCUCUGGUGAUAGCGAAGACAACGAAAAUUGCACCAUCUAUACCAUGCCCUACGGAGGCGGGAACAAGGAAGAAUUCUUCGGAGAUGACACCGGUAUCGUUGGAGCCCCUUCGGCCAUUGCCUUUGAUUGGCUCGGCCGUAAUAUGUUCAUGGCGAAUAGGAUCGCUAGCAAUAUUGAGAUGGUCAGGAUCGAUGGGAAGAUCAAAUACAGGACUAUUAUUCUGGCCAAUGAUGGAAGCCGGUUGUCCGUUGCGAGGCCGAAGGGCAUCUGUCUGGAUCCUACUGAAGGAAAAAUCUUCUGGUCAGACGAAGGCGGCUACGGUGUGCCAGCGAAGAUCGGACGCGCCAACAUGGACGGUACCAAUCCGAUAGUGCUGGUUGACGCCAUCGAGCGACCUGAAGCCAUCACCAUCGACAUCGAGAAGAAGGUCAUCUACUUCAGCACGCAAUACCCAGCUAGUGUCAACAGCGUAAACACAGAUGGCAAUGAUCGCCGUACCGUGCUCUCAGAAUCCAAUGACAUCUCGUACCCUAAAGCUAUCGCAGUGCUUGACUCAAGACUUUACGUCCUGGACCAAAGACAUGAAAAGAUUAUCAAGGCUGAUCUCCCGAACGGUGACAACAUCAAAAUCAUCAUGGACAAUGAAAGCGACCUGAAAUCCCUCACGAUAUUCCAGAAGAGAAAGAUGAUCCAUCAUCCGUGCUUGCAGAAUAAUGGAGGAUGCGAACAGAUCUGUAUCCCUGGCGAAGGCGGCUCGAGAGUAUGCGCUUGCUCAGUCGGAUAUAAAAAGGAGAACGAAAUCAACUGUGUGCCUUACAAGACCUUUGCAGUUGUGUCACAACUCGACCUCAUCCGAGGAUACAGUUUGGAUAGCAGCGCUGAAGCUAUGGUCCCUGUUACUGGCUUGGGACACCAUAUCCUACAUGUGGACGUACAUUUCGCCGAAAACUACAUCUAUUGGGUGGAGUUCAAUCGUGGACAGUGGAACGGUAUCUUCCGUAUCCGACCUAACGGCACAGAAUUACAACACAUUGUUAAAGAUGGCAUCGGUAGCAACGGCAUUCGAGGGCUGGCCAUUGAUUGGGUUGCUGGUAACUUGUACUUCACUAACGUCUUUCCGCACGAGAAUUAUGUAGAAAUGUGCUGGCUCGACGGUUCACACAGGAAAGUACUUGUUAAGAAGACCAUGGAAGCGCCACGCGAACUCGCUGUAAAUCCGAUAAAACGACUACUAUACUGGAUUGACUACGGCCAAUACCCGCAUAUUGGUAAAUCAUACCUCGAUGGCUCCAAAUGGGAGCCAGUAGUAAGCUCAGGAAUCUCAAACCCCAGGGAUCUGACCAUCGAUAUGUUAUCUCACGACGUUUACUGGGUAGAUUCCAAACUGGAUCAGAUUCAGAAGAUUUCAUACAACGGCGGAAACAGGCAGGUGAUCCGCUCGAACCUACCUAACCCUAUGGGUAUCGCUAUUCACACGACAAGCGUGUACUGGGUAGACAGAAACUUGCAAACCAUCUACAAGGCUUCUAAACUUCCAGGAAAUAUGUCAAUGCCUGAGAAAAUGAGAACAAAUCUGCCAAAAUUGAGGGACAUCGUGAUAUUUGAUAUAAACAACCAGCCAAUAGACGAAACCAAUCCGUGCAGAAAGUUAGGAAACGGUGGUUGUGAGCAAUUGUGUUUCAGCUUCCCUCCAGACGCCAGUUUCCAAGGAAAUAUGCACCGCUGCGAUUGUGCAACAGGCCAAGUCUCAAAGAGUAACCCAAGCAAAUGCGAAGUUGUCGACGAAUAUCUAGUCUUCACCACCAGAACCGAAAUCCGUGCCGUCAACCUAGACCCCAAAUCCACUGGAACACCAUUCAAACCCGUCGUUAACUUAACCAACGUAGUCGGCGUUGAAUUCGACUAUGCGGAUAACAAAUUGUUCUUCACUCAGAUCCGCCCGUGGGCUAAAAUCGCCUGGAUGCCAUCAACCAACCCUGAUCCUUCAACUAUCCAAAACAUACUGCAAAAGAACAUCAAUCCUGAGGGCAUCGCUUAUGAUUGGACACAGAAGAAGAUCUACUGGACCGAUAGCUCUAACAACUCCAUUUACGCUAUGAACCUCGAUGGUUCCAUGAUUGUGAUGAUCGCCAGAGUAGAACGACCCAGAGCUAUUGUAGUACACCCCUGCAACGGAACUUUAUACUACACUGAUUGGGGAAGAUUUGGAACUUCAGGCAAGAUUUACAGAACCACGAUGGCCGGAUCACUAAAGAAAGCCAUCAUCGAUAAGGACCUUUCUCAACCGAGUGGUCUGACGAUCGAUUUCGAAGAUUCCAUGCUUUACUGGACAGAUGCCGUACGCGAGAAAAUCGAACGAUCAAAAAUGGACGGAUCAGAACGCGAGGUCCUAAUCUCCGCUACGAUCUACCCAUUCGCCAUCACAGUAUUCCGUAAUUACAUCUACUGGACUGACUUACAACUUCGCGGCGUAUACCGCGCUGAGAAGCAUACCGGAGCGAACAUGGUAGAGAUGGUGAAAAGGUUAGAAGAUUCCCCACGAGAUAUCCACGUUUAUAGUACCAGCAGACAGACUUGCACAGCGAACCUUUGUAACAUCAAUAAUGGAGGUUGUGCUCACUCCUGCCACCCAGCACCCAAUAACACAGUUGAAUGCAAGUGCGACGACAACUUCAAGCUAGUCAAUGAAGGCAGAAUGUGUGUACCACGCAACGUAACAUGUGAUGCUGGCAAAUUCUCAUGCGCCAACGGCAAAUGCAUCAGUCGUAUGUGGGCUUGUGAUGGUGAUGACGACUGUGGUGAUCGCUCUGAUGAGCAACGUGAUUACUGCGCAUACCACUCCUGUUCCCCUCACGAGUUCCGCUGCAACAACGGCCGCUGCAUCUUCAAAUCUUGGAAAUGUGAUCAUGAAAAUGACUGUAAAGACGGCUCUGACGAAGAAGGUUGCGUGUACGCGCCGUGCGCUGAUGGAGAAUUCACUUGCGCCAACUCGCGCUGCAUACCAAUGUCCCAAGUUUGCAACGGCAUCAACGAUUGCAAAGACAACGUCACGUCAGAUGAAACGCACGAACGCUGCCCGAAGAACACCACCUGCCCAGCUAACCAUCUCAAGUGUGAAAAGACGAAUAUCUGCGUGGAACCUUAUUGGUUAUGCGACGGCGAUAACGAUUGUGGAGACAAUUCAGACGAGAAUCCGCUACAUUGCGCUCAGAGGACGUGUCCGCAAAAUAGUUUCCGUUGCCCUAACCACCGCUGUAUCCCCGCUACUUGGUACUGCGAUGGCGAUGAUGAUUGCGGAGAUGGUGCCGACGAACCGCCAGAAUACUGCCGCUCAGAAGGUCGCACCUGCUUCGGCGAUCUAUUCACUUGCGACAACGGAAACUGUAUUCCAAGAAUCUACAUCUGCGAUGGUGACAACGACUGCCUUGACAGCAGUGACGAGGAUGAAAGACACCAAUGUAACGAGCGCAAAUGUGACGCGGAAACCGAAUACACUUGCGAAGCGAACAAAAUCUGGAACCGCGCUCAAUGUAUCCCGCGCAAAUGGCUGUGCGACGGCGACCCUGACUGCGUUGACGGUGCUGACGAAAAUGCUUCGAUACAUCACUGUGCUACACCCGCUCCUUGCUCCGAAGACCAGUUCCAAUGCACCAAUGGACGCUGCAUUAAUAAGGGCUGGGUUUGCGACCAUGAUAACGACUGCGGCGACGGUUCUGACGAAGGAAAACAUUGCAACUCUCUUUACAAACAGUGUUCCGAUCAAGAAUUCAAAUGCCAGAACUUCAAGUGUAUCCGCAAUCAUUUCCGCUGUGAUGGUGAAGACGAUUGUGGCGACCAUUCUGAUGAAGUCGGAUGUAAUAAGGAGAAUAAGACUUGUCCGGCUGGACAGUUCAAAUGUAACAACGACCAGUGCAUUGACAACAGACUGGUAUGCAAUAAAGUUUCAGAUUGUGCGGAUGAUUCCGAUGAGCCUGCACAUUGUAAUGUCGAUGAAUGUGCUAAGUUAGAAAGCAACCAAUGCGGACAUAAAUGCAUAGACACACUAACUGGUUUCUACUGUGACUGCAACCAAGGUUACAAGCUGUUGUCAGACGGAAAAGCUUGUGCUGAUAUAGAUGAAUGUUUGGAAACACCAGGAGUUUGCUCCCAAUAUUGCUCCAACACACCAGGAUCCUACUACUGUAAAUGUAACGACCGGUACUACGAAAGAGAAGCCGAUGAGCAUACCUGCAAGAGGAAGGAUAACAUCACAGCCUGGGUCAUAUUCACCAACAAAUACUACGUCAGAAAUAUGUCGACUGACGCUUCUCGUUACAAUCUAGUCCACCAAGACCUAAUGAACGUCGUGGCCAUCGACUUCGACAUCAAAGAAAACAAGAUGUACUUCGCCGAUGUUUCAGCCAAAACUAUAUAUCGCUCGGACUUUACAGAUCCUAAUCCUACUAAGGAAGUAGUGAUCAGACAUGACUCGCACGGCUUAGAAGGAAUAGCAAUAGACUGGAUCGGAAGGAAGUUGUACUGGCUGGAUAGACAUUCUAAGAACCUUGAUGUGUCUGAAUUAGAUGGUACACGUAGAAAGACGCUCAAGACUGGCAUUGCCGACCCUCGUGCCAUCAUUGUGCACCCUGGUACUGGAUAUUUGUACUUCACAUCUUGGCACCUCCAAGCUUAUAUCGGAAAGAUGGGCAUGGAUGGUUCUAACUUCACCGCGAUUCUGAAUUGGGAAGAUGACAUCGCGUGGCCGAACGCUUUGACCAUCGACUAUUUCACUGACAGAAUCUACUGGGCUGACGCUCAUUUGGACUACAUUGGUUCCGCUGAUCUUGAAGGAAAACACAGACACGUCGUGCUUUCUGGAGAUAAGGUACCUCACGUUUUCGCCAUCAGCUUGUUCGAUGAUGAAAUCUACUGGACAGACUGGAAUCUUAAAGCUAUAAGCAAAGCCAACAAGCACUCUGGAGAGAAUCUCACGCUAUUGAGAAAUACUACACACAGGCCUUAUGAUAUCCACGUAGUCCAUCCACUGAGACAGCUGCCUUACCACAAUCCUUGCGGCGAUAACAACGGUGGAUGCUCGCACUUAUGUCUUAUUGCUCCGCCUCACGAGUCCAGUUACUUGAACAUCGAAGGUUACGGCGAGGAAGGCGCGACUACAUACAAGUGCGCAUGCCCGAAUCAGUAUUACCUGGCUAGAGAUAUGAAGACCUGUAUUGCCAACUGUACCGAUGGCCAGCAUAGAUGUAACGGCCGCGAUGAGAAGUGUAUUCCCUGGUUCUGGAAGUGCGAUGGCGAGAAAGAUUGUAUGGACGGUUCGGAUGAACCUGACACAUGCCCGGUACGACAUUGCAGAGCUGGCUCCUUCCAGUGUAAGAAUACUAAUUGCACUCCUGCAGCUACUAUUUGCGACGGCACUGACGAUUGUGGGGAUGGAAGUGACGAAGCUGAAUGCGCUCAUGAAUGCCCACUCCUCGAGUUCAAGUGCAAAGCCAGUGGCCGAUGUAUCUUGGACAGCUGGAAGUGCGACGGUGACACAGAUUGCAAAGACAACAGCGAUGAAGACCCAUUAAUGUGUCACAAUAGACCUUGUGACCCGGACACCGAAUUCUCCUGCAAGAACGGCCGCUGCAUCCCUAAACUGUGGAUGUGCGAUUUCGACAACGAUUGCGGUGACGAUUCGGAUGAGCCUGCAUACAUGUGCAGACAGAAGAACUGUACUACUGGAUGGAGACGUUGCCCUGGCCAGUCCAACUACAGAUGCAUACCGAAAUGGCUGUUCUGCGACGGAAAGGAUGACUGCAGAGACGGCUCAGAUGAGCUUCCAGAGAACUGUCCUUCUUGCAAUGCAGACACCGAUUUCACUUGCGAGAACAAGCGGUGUAUACCGAAGCAAUGGCUUUGUGAUUUCACUGACGACUGUGGCGAUGGAAGCGAUGAAGCCGAAGGAGUCUGCCGCCAUCAAUACAGAGAAUGCUCCGAGUCAGAAUUCAAAUGCGGAAACGGAAAGUGUAUAUCCUCAAGAUGGCGCUGUGAUCACGAGGACGAUUGCGGGGAUAAUUCAGACGAGAUGUCAUGCGGCGGCUUCCAGUGCAAGAAUGGAACGUUCCAGUGCAAGUCGGGACAUUGCAUCGCGUCGUACUUCCGGUGCGAUGGCGACCGAGAUUGUCGCGAUCUGUCGGACGAGAUCGGCUGCCCGCCGCGCUUCCCUGGCGGCAGAUACUGCCCGGAGAGCAGAUUCCAAUGCGCGAACAACCUCUGCGUAUCACAAUCGGACUUGUGCGACGGAGCGGACGAUUGCGGCGAUGGCAGCGAUGAAGCACCAGCGUUGUGUACCAACUUCAACUGUGAUACGCUCAGGCGGUUCCACUGCACUAACCAUCGCUGUGUGCCCAGAUACCAAGUUUGCGACGGAGUAGAUAACUGCGGUGACGGUUCAGACGAGAAUAACAUGACGCUCUGCGCCGCCCGUGCCAAGCCUUGCGACCCAUACUCACAGUUCCAAUGUGCUAACCGCCGAUGUGUCGAGCGAACCCAACUCUGCGACCUGUCAGAUGAUUGUGGAGACGCCAGUGACGAGAGGGGUUGUCAUCACGCUAAGACUUGUGAUAUCAUCUCUAAAGGUGGCUGCGAGCACUUCUGCACGAACCUGACCGGCGGUACUGGUGUAGGAUACAUCUGUUCCUGCUAUCAGGGUUACAUCAUCUCUCAUGCGGAUCCGAAGCGGUGUGAAGACGUGAACGAAUGUGCUACGGGAGACCAUCACUGCUCGCAGCUCUGCUCUAACCUGAAUGGCAGCUUUAGUUGUAGCUGCAGGGAAGGAUUCAAGCUGGCUGACAGCCUCUCCGGUGUAUGUAAAGCAACGGAAGAAGAUGUAGUGCUAAUGUUCGCCAACGGCCCUGAGAUCCGAGGCUUCGUGCAAGACAAGAACGAAGAAUACGAAGUCAUCUCAUCAGAGAAACGCAUUGAGGCCAUCGAUUACGAUCCUCAGCAUGAGAUGGUCUUCUGGGCUGACAGUUACGAUAAGACCAUCAAGAGAUCCUACAUGGUCAAUGCGUUACAUGGAGAAGUUAAGAGUGGAUUCGCUCAGGAUCUUAACAUGAAGGGAAGCUCGAAGCCUACUGCUUUAGCCGUGGACUAUAUUGGUGAAAACUUAUAUUGGACAGAGACGGAUAGAACUGGCUCUAAGCCGCGCGGUCGCGUUAUGGUCGCUAAGACUGAUGGAAGAUACCGUCGAGCCCUAGUAACUGUUGGAAUAGAGAGUCCAACAUCAGUAGUCGUCGAUCCGCAGCAAGGUAAAAUGUACUGGGCUGAUGCUGGCUCAGCGCCGAAGAUCGAAACCGCUUGGAUGGAUGGCUCACAACGCCGACCGCUUAUUACCGAGAACAUCAGACAUCCGACAGGCUUGGCUAUUGACCAUGCUAUGGAUCACACUAUUUACUGGGUGGACACGAAAUUGAACACCAUUGAGAUGAUGCGGCCAGACGGUUCGCUCCGAAAGACGGUUCUUAAGGGAGAUAUGCUGAAACAUCCCGUGUCUUUGGACGUGUUUGAGUCGUCUCUGUUCUGGGUGACGAGGGAGUCAGGAGAGCUGGUGCGUCAGGAUAAAUUCGGGCGCGGUGUGCCGUUUAUACUGUCUAAGGAUCUAGUCAACCCGUCGGCUGUUAAAGUGUACCACCCACGCCGCUACAACACCUCAGUGACCAGUGGCUGUUCGUCAAACCCCUGCUCGCAUCUGUGCCUCGCCGUCCCGGGCGGCCGGCGCUGCGCGUGCCCUGACUCGGCCGCUCCUAAACCCAAGGGCAUUGCUCAGGAACAAGCUUGUGAUGCCGCCGCCGAAGUCCCACGCCCACUCCCACGCAUCUGCCCGUGCCAGAACGGCGGCGUCUGCUCCGAAACCACCAGCGGAGAGUUAGAGUGCAUCUGCCGAGCGCCGUUAUUGCCACCGUAUUGUGCUGAAGCGGCGGCGUCGACGAGAGCUGCGCCCGCUGCUGUAUUAGUACCAGUGCUGUUGGUGCUGUUGUUGGCGAUAGCCGGAGCGGCCGCGUGGUUCGUCAUCAGGAAAAGGCCAUUCGGCAAAGGCGGCGGCCUAAGCAGCCUAGCCUCAUCCCAGAGCGUAUCCUUCCGUCAGGGCUCCAACGUGGAGUUCGGCGGCGUGGCGGAGCCCGCGUACUCGCUAGAGGAGGCGCGGAGGAAGGGCCGCGACUUCUCUAAUCCCAUGUAUGACGCGGUUACGCGCGCUGUCGCGCAGGGCGAGCCCGAGCCUUUACCGGGCAUCUACGAAGUCCCGGACGAGCUGAAAGACAAAGUGGUAUCCGCGGUGAUAUCCCCGUCGUCGACGGAGACGCGCGGCGCCAGGCCGCCGCGCGCGCUGGACCCGGCGGCGGACACGGGCGCCGACACGGCGCAGCUGGUGCGCGAGGACCGCGCCUGCUAGCGGCGCGCGGCCCCCGCAAGGGGGCGCCGCCUGGCCUGCGUCACCACAUACUAUCCCUGAGCUCACGUUUGCAGCCGAUUUCGUAUAUUGACCCAGAAUUUUUCUAACGAGCGUUCCGUUUCCCUUGGUUAGACUUCAGGGGCCGAGGGGGGAGGGGAUUACCGGUUCGACGGACGAUAUCGAUCUAUCGGUUGGAUGCGAAAGGUGACAGUUCCGAACGACUGACAGGCUGAUAUCGUCCGGCGAACGUGUAAUCUGUGGCCCCUUUAGAACGCCCUGUGAAUAAUUUCUCGCGGUUUCAUUGUAAUUUCUUGCGUUUUUAGUCUUGCAAAUGCGUGCGCUUAUAGAGCAUGCCGUAUAUUAAUUACAACUAUUGCGAUUCUGAAACCGCAUAGAAAUUAAUCGCACGUUACUAAGGCUUAGAACUCACCUAAGCCUUAGAAAUGUUAAAACACGAAAAGUACGAAAUACGGCUCCAUAUUUAACAAUAUAGACGAUGCCAUUUUGUAAUUAAUAACUGGAUUGUUAACCUUAUUACAACAUAAUGCAUAAAGUCCAGCACCAUCUAAAUUAACUUUAAAUUUACGACGCCAAAAAUAUACUUUACGCGUCUUAGUAUUCCUUUGUCUUAGAGUGAUAUUCCACCUAUCCAAUUUCUAUAUCCAAUGUGUAUUUGCGUCUCCCAUUUUGUUUAGUAAGAGAAUGCAACAUAAUGCACAGAAUACUAACCUAAGUGAUAAUUACUAGAUUAAUGAGCUAUAUCUAUCUCUAUCGUUUAAUUAUUGCAAGAACGACAGAGAUAGAGUCGUAACUUUAAUAUCAGAACCAGUGCCGGAUUUAGACAUUUGCCGCCCGUAGGCUAUACCGAUUUUGCCGCCCCUAUCCGCCUCGCUUAUCGGUUUUUUAAAGUACUUUCCAAUCAGAGGCAUUUCAUUUUAUAGUACAACACACCAUAGCCAUAUUAAAAUGCAUAAUAAGAUGACGUGUCACCAUUCUAGAUACAGAUUUAUAUGGGCCGUUUUUGUCACUCAAUGAUGAUGCGACCUCGUUAUAUUUGCCUGAUCUGAUCAGUGACCGGUGGGUACAAAUAUGCUAUACAAAUGUAUCCCUAGCUUUUUGUCCGGUAGACGCAUAUGAGCCGUAUAGUAGACGGAAGCUGCUCUGAGAGUGUGGACAUUGACGCUGGCGUUCCACUAGGUUCUGUGCUGUCAUUGCAUAUCAAUUAUAAUCAUUGCUAUGCAGACGACAGUAGUAGGGAUGCGUAUUACACAGGCCGUACCAGUAUCCCUCAUUCUGUGGUGCUGGAAAGUCAUGAAAAGCUUGUAUCUGAUAUCGAGAGCACUCUAUCCUGAGUUUCGGCAUGGGAUCGGAACAAUAUAGUGAGAUUCAACACCAUGAAGAUACAAGAAUCGCCGACCAUCCCAAACUUACAAUGUAGUCAGAUGGAUCACAAAUAAUGUAGGUACCUAAAUGAAAACGCGAGCGUAGCGAGCGCGAAAUUUUUUCGAGAAAAUAGUAAGUACAGUUUUAGGGUUCCGUACUUCAAAAGGAAAAAAAAAACGGAACCCAUAUAGGAUCACUUUGUUGUCCGUCCGGCCGUCUGUCUGUCUCAAUAUAAAGGGUCUUGACAUGACAGAGGCCGGCAAAAUCGACAAAUAAUGCUUGUUAUUUAAUUUUACAUAUAAAUAGGGGAGCGGCAAUAUUCUGGUCGACCCUAGCUGAACAUCAGCAAAUAAAAUAUUUUUUGACCCAAAUUUGCCGCCCUAGGCUUCAGCCUACUCAGCCUAGUGGUAAAUCCGGCACUGAUCAGAACCAUAAAAGUCGAUAGGUCAAUAUACGAAAUACGCGCCGCGCUGAAACUCAGUUGCGUUGGAUGACAGUCGUUUUAAGGCUUAUCCCUAAGUCUGUAAGAUUGAAGUUUUCCAACAUAGUGCCUAUUACUGCUAAGGUACUUUCGAGUAGCAAUAGAAAUUUCACAAGAGCGUAAAAUUGAGGGAUAUUUGUAGAAAAAAUAUAACUGACGAGUUAUAUUUUCGAAUUUUUACGUCGGAGUCCGUUUUUCUUGUAAGACAGGAAAUAUCCCUCGGCGUCGGUUAUAUUGUUUUUCAAGCCUUCAAUUCAAGAGGAUUUAUCCGAAAUAUCCAAAAUGUUAAACUAUGGAUGCCGCGGCAAGAACUUGUGGCAUUUUUAACUGAUUUUAAGUGGUAAGGUAAUUUUUUCGAGUUAGUUUUUUGAGUUGCUUUAAAUGUGACUCUAUUUCGCCGACAGUGCAAAAGUGACUUAAUGCUUGAUUAAAAUUAAUAAUGAUUUUUAUUAAUAAUAGCUCUUGCGCUGCCGGUAAUUAAAUUCGUAUUUCGAACGAAAUCCAUUGUAAAUUGAAUUCGGACGAAAUGCGAUACUUUAUAAUUAAUGAAAUUGUUUGUAAUAAUUGAAAAUGUUGACGUAUUUUAUUUUUAUUCAGUUUUGUGCGGAAAAAUCGAAUUUAGCGCAUGUAAAUCUAGAUUAUUGACGUAAAUAGAGAUUUUAUUUUUUUCUUACAUAGUUUUCUAUUCUAACCUAUUCUAUUUUUUCUUAAAAAGUAUAGUGAAUACUGGCCAAUGUGUCACUAUAUACUUUUUUUUUAUCUCCAGCUAGAUCUGGUCGUACUUAUGUUAUCAGUAUUUUCUGUGUGAAUGUCUUUAUUUCGUGUAAACCCUGACAAUAUUAUAUUUGGCCCUGAGAUAGUGUCGCCACAAGCAGCUUACAUAUGGCAAUAAUGUGCGUACAUCAUAUAUAGUCAAAUAAUAUCAGUAGUAGUCAACAACUAGAGAUAAUUUCAAAAUGCUGUUUAUUGGAAUGCUACGGAAUCUUUCGUCCUUUUAUUAUUAUUAUUUUCUUGCAUUUUUGAUAAUCUUUUCUUGUUAAAUCAUUAUCAGUGUAAAAUAUAUUCUUCUUGUUUAAAUCGGCGACAUUCGUUCACUUUCAACGUCUGUUGUCUCCUUUACUAGUAACAUAAAUUAGUUCCACUGAAAAUCCGCAAGAUGGCGGAGGCCAAAUUAAAUCUUGUCAGGGAAUAUUUUUCAUUGUUGAAUAUUUGAACUCGAAUUAUUCAUAUCAUGGCGUGAUAUCAACAUGUUUGUUAAGAUAUAUGUACCUAUAUUGAUUAGAGGUUGUAAUACAUUCCCUUCAUGCUUUACUUAGGGCUCAUAUCUUGUAAAUUGUAGAUGAGCCUCUCUAUACAUUCCGUGGACCUAGAUCCACAGGUCUAGUACAUAAAUGAAACCUAGGAAUUGCACAGCCGCACCCUAAAGGGGAUUUUUCUAGACUUUUAAAUUUAUUUGACAAUAAGCAAUACACUAUUUUAGAGAAUAAUUUAUUUAUUUCGAUUUAAGACUAUGUAAAAUAUAGCAAUGUUGUGUUUUAUAAUUGUCUAUUAAUUAAAAAUGGUAAAAAUUAUUACAAUUGUUUUGUGGACAUUAAGAAUUUGCCAUAAAUGUGUGAGAUAAUGUUUCUACUGUAACUGUUGUUUAAUUUUAAUGAUAUUAUCAUCAAUUUUUUUAUGAAUCUUCUAAGAUUGUAAAUAAAACACCGUAUUCCAUUUCUUACUGAAGUUGCUAUACAUAUGUACCAUAUUAAUAUACAUAUACUCUUCUGUGAAUACAUCACAUUGUUUACAAUCUAAUAUUAUACAUAACUAAAUAGCCUAUUGAGAAUUGAAUAUAUGAACAUAAAUAUAUAUGUAUAUUGUAAAAAGAGUAAACAUGUCAAUACUACGGAUAGUUAAAAGAGAUGAAAUAUUUUUGUAUUGGGAUUCUUAUAGUUAUUAGAGGUCUCUGACGGUAGUUGAAAAUAUUGUGUAAAAAUAAAUUAAUAAUGAAAUGAA